GCCAUUUCUGAAAUUGAAGUAGGUAUAGCAAGCAGACUGCGCUGCGGUAUUAUUGCAAGUGAAUAAUUCAGAAGCCGCGUAGUUUGAGCUGAUUUUAUCGCCGCUUUUGGACCGUAUGGCGUAUUUUGGGUACCAAUGUUCAUAACGUACCAAAAUUGUGCGGUGGUUUAGCAUAGAGAGAUAGCAGGAGAGUUUCAAUUUGAUAUUUCAGUAUGAAGUUACAACUGUCGCUUGGUUCGAAGCAAACGGAUGCCAAAGCGGUGCAUCAGAAGACGACAAUGCAGAAGGUAGUCGAUGAUUCCAAUGAGAACGACGAAUUUCAAUGGGUAGAAGAUGGAGGACGAGAUUGGUCGUUGUUCAAACGGUGUCGCCCAUCAUGCAUUCCGAUAACGAUGAUACUGGUCCUGAUCGUGAUGGUUGUUUUACUGCCACUGCUCGAUCACAGCGACAAGUUGGCUGAUCAACGAUCAAGAGUGAAUCGUCUUCGAAACGAUGUCUGUGCGGAGGGAUGCAACAUUCAAAUAGUGGAGAGCAUUCCCGAGGGAUUGGUUUAUCCCAAAGGAAGUCCUGCGUUCAUGUCCACUUACGAUGCUUGGAAAACGUUGAUCGGUAUGGCUAAAAGUUCUAUCGAGAUAGGUUCAUUCUACUGGACAUUGAAGCGUGAAGAUGUGUACAAUCACUCGAGUGCCUGGCAAGGGGAAGACAUCUUCAAACUUCUGCUGGAAACAGGAUUGGCAGGCAAUGUAUCGAUUAAAAUAGCUCAAAGUGCACCAACGGCCGCCAAUCCGUGCGUCGACACAGAAAUUCUUGCUAAUCGAAAAGCUGCUCAAGUGCGAUCGGUAGAUUUCCCGCGCCUCUUUGGAGGAGGUGUUCUUCAUACCAAGUUGUGGGUUAUCGAUAGGACGCACUUCUACGUUGGUAGCGCAAACAUGGACUGGCGAUCGCUGACGCAGGUUAAAGAACUGGGCGUAUUGGCAACGAAUUGUUCCUGUUUGUCAAAGGAUAUCGCUAAGAUAUUCAAUGUUUAUUGGGACAUGGGCGUUCCUGACUCACAAAUACCUGAACAUUGGCCAGAAGCUUACGCUACAAAGUAUAACGCUAAUAACACACUAUCCGUUGUGUUCAACAACAACAACUUCAAAGUGGAUACCUAUCUAUCGAGUUCUCCACCUCCUAUGUCAACCAGCGGUCGCAGCCACGAUGUUGACGCAAUUCUCGACGUCAUCCAAAAAGCCGAGAAGUUCAUUCACAUAUCGGUGAUGGACUACGUCCCGUUAACGCUGUACACUCCUAAGCCACACUACUGGCCCAUAAUCGAAGAUGCUCUGCGUCGGGCGGCAAUAGACAGGAAAGUCUCCGUACGACUGCUGAUCUCCUACUGGAAACACUCUCGGGAAUCGGAGAAUCACUUCCUCAACUCGAUCCAAGCGCUGUCCGGCUGCAUGAAAGGUGUAGAAAUCGACGUCAAGCGGUUCGUGGUACCAGCCUCGGAAGAUCAGGAGAAGAUUCCCUUCGGAAGGGUCAACCACAACAAAUACAUGGUAACGGACAACACUGCCUAUAUCGGAACUUCCAACUGGUCCGGGGACUACUUCAUCGAUACGGCCGGAAUCGGACUGGUCAUGUCAUCGUUCGCACCCAACGGUACCAUCGUCAGCGAUCUCCAGGCCAUUUUCGAAAGAGACUGGACCAGUAAAUACGCCGUUAGAUUUGAUUAGUUUAUUAACAUUAUUUUAUACAUGAUAUUUUUAUAAAAUUUGAUUGAACUCUUAAAUAAAUUAGCACAAUACUGAA